UUGUUUCGAAAUCGGAACUUGGACCGAAACCAAUUCUAACAACCAAUUCAACAGGAAAUUUGAGAGGAGGACCCUUGCGGUCGAUUGCGUAGAAGUGAGGUGACAUUAUGACAGCUAUGUAAACGUGUCAACAAUGGCAAAUAAGAAUAUUGAUGACUUACCGAGUACACCACCGGAUCCAGGUGGCAAACGCGACAUAACAAAAACGGAUUUGAUGCGGAAACAUAACAUGGAUGCUGUGGAACAGGACUUUCUGAAAAUCAAGGCAGAGAACGUCUCCCUGUAUGGAAAGAUUCGAGGCCUGACAGCAUUAGAACGAAUGUAUGCCCGGGCAAAAGGUGAAGCCAGUACCUACAAGCGCCUGUAUGAGGAGAUGCUGGCCAAAGACUGUGGACCUGAAAGUGACAUUAGCCAGGGCAACGACUCGGCCACAGUCUCCCACAUGAUACAAGGCGAGGACAUGACUGAUGCCACUGACAUGGGGAUCACCAGCCAUGAUCCAGAGAUAUUCAUUCUCGGCGGUCACGUCACAACUGACGCCGCAGCCGGCGAGGGUGACCCUGACGGUCUACAUGAUUCUGAUGACGAAAGCGCCCCUGCAAGUUUCCAGCCCAACUCGCAUGAAUCAUCUGCUCCGCAAGGAAACCCCCCAAGCGCUCACCAGAGUAUGAAUUCGGAGGCUCAUGAGAGCAUAGAGGAAUCCUUGCAGAUCAUACAGCCAAACACGCGACACCUGAACUCCCAGGAGCUGAGGGUGGAGAUCCCUGCAGACAUGGCACCCUCUCCAUCCCUCUCACCCGAUAGCAUGAUGUUCCAAGCACAACUGAUGGGUAUCGUGAAAUCAGACCGCAACAAGCUGAAGAAGGAAGCAGCAGAUGCAAAGGAGAAGCUGCGUGAAUUGACGGAGGAGAACGAAAACCUACGACAGCAACGGACUAUAAUUACGGACCUGGAAAGAGAGCUCAAUCAUCUCAGGGCCAGAAAAGACAGGGAUGGCUCGCCUUCUAGCAGUGCAGGCGAUUGGGUUCAUGUUCCGAAUGAAAGGACACGCGACAUGGAACUACCAGUCGGGGCAACGGGCCGUGAUUCUGACGACAUCUCACCAGCUCACAAAGCAAAGAUCCAUAAGAUGCAAGAGAAAAUGGCCAAGCUUCACCGUGCCAACCGUGAGUGGGAAGAACACUGCAAACGUAUGGCCGAGGACCACAAGCGGAACGUUGCGGGAUUGAAACAGAAAUUGGAAGACGAGGUUAACAGCAAUGCCGGCCUCAAGGAGCAUGAACAGCGCCGCCAACGCGAGAUGGAGAGCCUCUUCACAGCCAUUCAGAGGCAGCGCAGCGAACAUGAUGUCAACCUGGAACGCGACCUGCACAUGGAGAAGCAGCGUUCAGCCUCGUACCUAGAGCGCUGCCUUGAGUUGGAGCGUGAAGCCAACAACUGGCGUGAGCAGGUGAGAACAUUGGAGUAUGACGCCAACAGGCUAAGGGAGGACAGGCGUAAUAUGGUUGAGAGCAUGACAUCCCCACAACGGGCCAGCAGUGGAACUGUGGACAGCCUGAAGACCCAGAUUGAGGUCCUCAAAGUCCAGGUGACCACGUACAAGGAAGACUUUGACACCGAGAGGAAAGAGCGCGAGAAGCUUCUCCGUGAAAAGAACGAGUUCCAAGAAACCAUCAGCAACGUUCUCGAGGAGAAUGACAAGUUGAGGACGGAGAAUGCCCAGAAGACUUCAGAGAUUUCCAGGCUCAACAGCCAAGCAGGCGGCAAGGAACAUGAAAAUGUGGAACUGAAGCGGAAAGUCAGUUCCCUCGAAGGCCAGGUCCGUCAUCUCCAGUCGUUUGGUUCCCAGGGACAGUAUGGAGUUAACCAACGCCCGACUGCUCCACCUCCGCAAGGUUACUAUGGAGCUACCUACCCAGCAGGCCCACCCCAACAUUGGCUCUGCAAGAGGUGCUCCUACAGGAACGAGGCUGAGAGAUCCUUCUGUGAGAUGUGUGGCAACGUCAGGUACAACCAGUACGACUACCAGUCACCGCGGAUCGUCCCCCAUGGACCAAGCCCGGUGAACCUUGGGGCACCGCCUGAAUACCCCCACAUCGGCAUGUCCAACCGCCCGGGUGACCUCCAGACAGACAACGGCUAAGUUGGCUUGUUGACACAUGAAAGCGUCCAAACCAAGAAUGUCGUCAUGACGGUCAUUUAAUCUAACACAUUCGGUGUUCCUAUAGAUUGCAUGCAAAUGAUUAGUGUGUGUUCACUGAUACUUACAUAUAUAUAGAGGUCUUAUAACAUCAUCAGCAACCUCGUCUCUGAUCAGUAUCAUAUACAGAGGUCUCAACACCAGACACCUGACGUAUGACCAGUGUCAUGAAUAUGAUUGUCCAUCCAGUGUAUCAUUGCUAUCAUUGUGGUUACAAUUCAUGAUUUGCCUGCAAAUGCAUGCGUCCACUUUCCAAGGUAUUCCUGCCUCACUUCAUGGUGGUGGGAAACAAAAGCGCGUCGAAGGACUGUUCCCUCUCAAGUCCCAUCAUCCGAUCAGACCAGGAUGAUCUAGCACAGCUGUGUGAUGAAGUCCCCCAGAUGAUUUCCGCAGCUUCAUCAAGCCCUGCCCGACCUUCUGCCUCGAUGAACUUCUCCGACAGUUUCGAUUACACAAACCAUAGAGCCUGAAGAGGAGCAAGAUCUAUUGCUGGGCUUCCACUAAUGUACAAUUCAAACUUCUUGUAUGUAGAGGGCGUUUCUGGAUGCAUCAGAAAAUGUACGCAGACAUUCUGACUUUUGUCAUGUUUAUCUGUUGCGCCCUCUACACUGGAACUCUGUCGCUUGCAUUAGCGCUGACCCAGUGGUAACUCUCGCUAAUCCACCUUUAAAGAUCAGAUUUUAUGAAUAAAUGUGCCCUCCUUACGAUGCAAGUAGCCACCCACUGAACAGACACAGAGCUAUUAUGUCUUUGCAUGUAUGUGCAGCAUAAUAGUUCUUUGUCUGUUUCAUAGGUGGCCCCCCUAGUAUUUCAAGGAGGCCACAUUUCUUCAUACAACUUGUCCUUUAAACCAACACUCCAUUUAAUGCUGGGAACUAACAAUGAAAGAGAUGCGAGGAGGAUAACUUGAAAACCUAAACUGAAAACAAAAGUGAUUACGAUCUUUCAUGAAUUCAUAAAAUCAUGAAUUCAUGAAAAAUUGUCUAAGUUUCAGUUCUGCAUAUCUUCCUUGUUUGUGUUCCAUCCACAAAUCUGCUGCAAGAUCUGUUUCAAGCAACAGUAUUUGGAAAAGAGGAACCGAAUCUGUCUGAUGUAAUUUGUUUUAUGCACUGGCCAAAAAUCAAAAAUGCGAUCACACAUUUCCAUAUUUGGUUUGUUCAGUGCAAGACAACUCUGAGGGUGGUUUCGUCUCCAGUUUUCCAAUUCUGUUUAACGCGUCCCAUUUUGGUUGACCUCAACCAAAUCCGAUUAAGAAACUGGAAAGCAAAGCAAUCAAGUUUGUUCAAAUUCACCAUGCAUUGACUCAGAAAUGGGAAAAGACAUCACAUGAUGUUUGUUACAUGAGAGAUGAUAUCUCGAUUGAUCCAGAUAAUACAUGUCAAUCGAUUCAGACUUAAUAAGUUGAUCAGGAAAAAGUUUUUUUUCAUGUUAAAACAAAAUUGACAUGUGAUGUCCUUUCCCAGCCACUGCAGAAAUGGAAAUCCAAGCCAUUUCUGAGAAAGUGUUGGUUAAAAUUUUGCGCAAUGCAUGGUGAUUUGAAAAACUGAUUUUGAAUCUAGUUUUGGUCAGUUGUUUCUGGCAACUUCAUUGCUGGUAGAAGGAAUGGGAAUUAUAAAAUGAGAAUUCAUCAAUUAGAACCUGGAAAAACAUCCAGUCUUUGUGCAUGAACAUUUUGGCGAAUUCUAUUCCCCUUAAUUUUGUUAUUCAACAUUCUCCGAAAAAGUUACUAGAACUGCAGACAUGCAAAUCGAAACCACUUACUGAUAGCAGCCAAAAAAUGGAAACUCAUAAUUCUGGUAGGCCUAUAUACUUUGCGAUUUACAUAUUUACAUGUGAUUGAUGUUUUAUUUUGUUUUCAAACUUUUUAUUUGGUGCUUUGACAAACAUUAGUUAUCUCCAUUAUAACUCAGAUUUUACAAAUUUGAAUAAACGAAAAACUGAGACAAAUAUGAAAUAAUUCUUUGAAUUUUGCCAAAAGGUUAGCUGUGAUUGCUUUCAACGCUGUUUUGCUUAUGUUUUUGCUUUGUGCAUAAAUACCUUAAACCCUUGGUGGUAUAUUUCCGAUGUUCAGCCGAGAAACGCGGCUCCAAACUCAAAAUACGCCAAAUGCUACUGGGGAUCAGUUCCAGUGAGUUUUCCGAUCUCCCCAAUUUUUCUUCUUUUUUGUGGGGACAUAUUGUUCCGUUGGAAAUGUCACUACCGAUCCCCGGCCCAAAAAGGGUUGUCAUGUUGCACGUUAUGUUAUUAAUAUAUGCUUUAGUUGUGAUGCAAUGUUCCAUAGUCAUUGGUCAGUAACUCAUCGGUUUAAUGUUGUUUUUUGCUCGUAUUCAUUGAGAUAAUUUACAAAUAUUCCUUAGAUAAGGUAAGUGGUACAAUUAUAAUAGCCCUUUCCCUGUGGAGCUGGCAGUGCAUAAUGCACUCUGAGGCUAUAAUGGUACCAGGGCGGUUACAGCACUGUGGAGCUGGCAGUGCAUAAUGCACUCUGAGGCUAUAAUGGUACCAGGGCGAUUAGCCCUGUGGAGCUGGCAGUGCAUAAUACACACAGAGGUCAUAAUUGUACCACUUGUGCCACUUGCACCACCUUACUUUACAUGUAUUAAUAUUGAAAGGCAAAAAAAGCUUACGUACUGAAUACAUUGAACGUGAGUUCCUGAACAUGACACAAUUUUCUGAUGAGAGAUUUUUUUCAUUGUUCACUUUUCAUGUUGUGUUUCUUGCUUUGUUUCAUCUUGAUUGAUUGAAUUAAAAGUCUUGAAUAUUCAUAAAAUUGUCUUCAAAGAUUAAAUCCAAACCAGUACAUAUAUCUUAACCUAUCCUGAAAAUUUUAAAAUCCUACGCCAACCUUAAAAACAAUGACAUUGAUGACAUCCAUAUUGUUAAUUGAAAUAUUUGAUUGUCAUCUUUCCAUCUGGUGGCAGUUUCUCGAGUACCUUCACCAUUCAAGAUAAUUCUUCCCUUAAUGUAGUUACAUCAUUGUAUAUGCAAUGCGCUUAGAAAAAAUAAAAUUAUAUUGCUCUGGCAGUGAUAUAAUCAAA